AUGGCGUUCCAGCGUCUCCUGCCCCUUGUAGCCCUGCUUGGCUUGUUCGUCGCUCCACCAUCGUCAGCUGUGCCCAGCCUCCACCCUGUGGUGCUGGUGCCAGGCAACACCUGCAACCAGCUGGAGGCGCGGCUCACCGAUGAGUACGAACCUCCGCCGGCGACGGGCUGCAGGGUCCCAAGGCAAGGGUGGGGGUGGUUCCGGCUGUGGGAGAACUUCACGGCGCUGCAAGAGGACCCCUCCCUCUUCCUGUGCUACGCGGACCAGCUGCGGCUCGUCUACGACCCCCGCGCCGGCGACUACCGUAACGUGCCGGGCGUGAAGACCCGCGUCUUGGCCUUCGGCACCACCCGCAGCUUCGGCUUCGACGACCCUGCCCGAAAGAAUGUGUGCAUGGAAGGGCUGGUGGAGGCACUGGAACGCGUGGGAUACAGAGAGGGAGAGAACCUAUUCGGUGCCCCGUAUGACUUCCGGUACGCGCCGGCCGCUCCCGGACUGGCUUCCCCGGCUUUCUCCGGCUUCAGCUCCAGCCUCAGGCACCUGAUGGAGCGCGCAAGCCAAAGGAACGGGAACAAGCCGGUCGUCCUCGUCACGCACAGCCUGGGCGGCCUCUUCGACACGGUCUUCCUCGACCAGACACCCCUGCGGUGGCGCAGGAGGUACGUCAAGCACCUCGUCAUGCUCUGCCUCGGCGUCGGCGGCUCGCCGCUCAACAUGUGGCCCCUCGCCUCCAAGGCGCUGGCCGCCAACCCGACGUCGCUGCAGGCCGGCGUGCUGACCUACGGGAACAGGAGCUUCGCAAGCAUGUUCUCGCUCCUGCCGUCCCCCAGGGUGUACGGCCGCACGCCCCUGGUGAUCACGCGGGACAGGAACUACUCGGCCGAAGACAUGGCAGAGUACCUCACGGCAGCAGGUUUCUCCGAGGACGAGGUGGCGCGGUACCGAACGAGGGCGCUGCCGGUGACGCUCAACCUCCGGGCGCCGCUCGUACCGAUGACGGCCAUGAAUGGCAUUGGCGUGCCCACCGUGGAUAAGCUGGUGUUCUGGGACGGUAACUUCAGUGGGAAGCCUCAGUUGGUGAACGGCGAUGGCGAUGGCCAGAUCAACUUGGAGACCGUCUUGGCGUUGCAAAGGUUGGUAGGGGCUGAUCCGGACCAGCCUUACUUCAAGUCAAUUUUGAUCCCCAACACGACGCACAAGGGUAUGAUCUCGGACGAAUCUGCGCUCAAGCGUGUCGUCAGUGAAAUCCUUGGAGCCUCCUCUUGA